UGAUGCCAGCUAUCAGCAUUUAGCCAUUUACGUUGAGUUUAUAUCCUUCAACAUUUUGAUUGUUCGGUAUCAUGUUUUGAUGUUAUCAGGUCAUUACUUUCGAUCUUUUUUCCCCUUAAAGUUUCACAAUUGGCUAAAACCUCGACUAUAAAUUUUUUUAUUUAAUACGUUUGUUAUUGUUUUGCAUCUUUUCAUAUCUUUUGAUACACGACAUUCCAAGUAAUUAACAAAUAAAAAAAUAAUUUUUGUUCAUAAUAAUGUUAUUUUUACAAGGAGAUUGGAAGAAAGAGAAGUGGGAAAAUGAGCAAACGGGAGAAAAAGUGUUAAUAGAAAUUAUGAAUAGCAAUAACUAAUUUUGAAGUCUUUUGGGGUAAGGGUUGCACAAUCAUUUAUUUGUGAAAUGGGACAAACGGCAGGUCAUGAGUCCAAGAUUCCGUGGGUUUGACAUGAGAGAGCCACAGAAUCAUUGAAUUUGGGUUCCUGCCCACCAAUCCAUUCACAUGCAAAAACACUUAUCUUCGUUUUUCUACCCCUUUCAUCUUAGUCAAAUUUACGCCUCUACCCCUGCUGGCAUGGAUACACCUCUAACACUUUAAUUUGUUUGACUUGGUCAAAACAUCUUUAGACACCUUCAACUCCCAUUACUACCAUUCCUUACCUUGUCCGAUAGGGAAGUUACAGAGGGGCAUCAUUGUCAAUAAAAACUCACCAAAACAACACUCAACACUGCAGAUCUGAUUCUAAUUAGACAAAACUGAUUAUAUUAUGGUGUUUAAUGUCUAAUUAUUAUUAUGCAUACACUCAUUUAAUUAUUAAUUAACUGUGGGAUUCCGUUCUUAAUAACUUAUGUGUUAUAUCUGCCCUUCCCGAAGCUAUAAAAUAAUGAUUUGUUUUACUAAAACAUAAAUAAGGGAACUCACAGUGGCACUGUUACUGUAGGAACACAACCUUAAAUUCCACUAUUACCCUUUUCUUUUGCUCCAAGUACAAAGCCAAAGCUUGUCCCUUUACGAUGUUAUUUGUCUUUUCACAAAGGGGGCACUCUCGAUUCUUUCUCGGGUUGCACGCUUGCUUUGCCUAGAUUACUGGUCUCAUGCUGACCGCGGGUGGGACACAAAUAAUAAAUAAUAUCAAUAAAAAAUAUAAAUAAAUAAAUAAAGGCCAAAAAAUGAAACCAACAUGAUAUGAUGGUGCUUGAAGAACAUGGCCUUGUCUUAGUAGAGGGUCAUCAUGUGCCUACGUAGUAGUAACUUCUCUCUCUUGUUCUGUUACUCUUGUGAGAGAGACUAAUAAUUCUAUCUCUUCCGCUGUGUAGCUUCCGUUACUGUUUCUAAAAAUGCUUUUUGGCACCAUUUGCCAUGCUUUAUUUGGUCCUAGCUUGCGGGGAUUGAAAUAAACUUGCUUUUUGUUUAAGCCUUCAACUACUAUUGCUUUUUGUGGAUUGGAAUUUUGAGGUACUAAACAACACAAAUGGGCCAGUGCUUGACUCUUUAAUCAAAUGGGUUGAUUUCAUAAGUUAUUCUUCUGAAGACUUUUUGCUCAAGUUUGAAGAUUUAUGAUUGUGCAUUGAAGCUGCUUCUUGGGUUCUCCUUUUCUCAAGUUACUUCUCCAAGAUCUACUCUUAAGGCUCUGGAUUCAUCAAUGGGACAAGAGUUGGAGUUGAAUCUUGAUGAGAAGUCUUCAGUGGGUCUUAGUCCCAAUACUGUUCUUCCAUCUCAUCAGUAUUGUAAUGUGAAGAAGAGAUCUAAAAAAGGAAAAUCUACAGGGAAAGAUGUUUUUUUUACUCUCAAGGGGGACUUUGCUGAGAUCAAAUUUGCUCGCUUCCGCAGUUCUUCGUGUAAGAGCCUUCUCUCUAGACCUCAUGGAUUGGAAGGUAAUAUAGAAACCAGCCGUGGUUCCAUGUAUCAGAGUUCAGAGGAAGUGAAAAGUAUAAAGAAGAUGGGUACACUCACUACUGUGGUAGAGGGAAGGAAAAAAAUAGAAAUUUCAAGGAGGAGCGACACCUCUUUCACAGGUAGCAUUGUUGAUUCUUUAUGUGGUUCAGAUGAUGAAGGUUAUGGGUGGAGAUCUUCAGAGAUAUCUCAGCAGUCAAACUUGGGUCCCCCAUAUGUUCCUAGGUCCUCGGCUUACAAGGAGCUGGACUCUCCAAAUGGCUUUAUUGAAUUUUGCAUAAAUUCAGAUGUUAAGAAUAGGAACUCUACCACAGUGAAAGGGAGAGAUUCUAUAAAUUUGAAGUCCAAAAGUGGUAAAGUUGCUGAUUCUGUGAUUAGUGGCAAUGCUUCUCAUGAAAAGGCCACAGUCCACUCAUUGCAAAAAUCACCCUCUGCUAAGGCAGAAGUCUCUCACCUACCAGCUCCGUUGGGGAGUGAUUUCUCGUCAAGAGUAAGUCCAGAAGUCCAAGUUACCCCUAUCAGGAAAAGGCUGAAUCAUUUCACAAAGUCAAAAUCUUUAAGAAGUCCAAUGAGUCAUAUACUGGAAAAUAAUGAGAUCAAAUCAAAUGAGACAGCAAACAUUACAAGACACAGGACUUACCGGAAAUCAUUGUUAAAUGACUUAUCCAACACAGGAAAGCAUUCUGACAUUAUUUCUGAGUUUAUCAGCAGAGAAAUCCAGUAUUCGGGUAUAGCAUCUUCACCAGUUCACCUGCAUGGUAAUCUCAAGUUGGAAAAUAAAUAUGGAGUGCCAUUUUUUGAGUUCAGGGUGAAGUGCCCUGAAGAUGUGUUUGUGGCCAAGGCAUGGAGGGCAGGUAAUGCUUUCAACUGGGUAUAUACCUUUCACUCCAUUGAUAAUAGAAAGAAAAGCAAUGCCAGUGGGUUGGGAUCCCUUGAUUUUGAUAACGAUUCCUCAAUAGUAGCUCAGAUGCUAGUUUCCUGUAAUUUAUGUUCUGAACUAGAUGGCAGAGUAUUUGACAACUCUAUGGUGACAGAAUUUGUGUUGUAUGAUUUUACACACUCAAGACAAAGUGUUUCACGUGAACAAAAGUCUUUCUGCGAACUAGAUGCUUCUAAAAAUAUGAAAACUUCCCAUGUUGGAUUGAAGGAAGAAAUUUCAGGGUUGGAUGAGGAGAAUCUUGCUGUCAAAAACAAACUUCAAGAGAAGCCUCUAUCAAUCAAUGUUGAAUAUGAUUUAAAUUCUUAUUCUUUCUUGUCCACUGAAUCUUGUUCAAACCUUGAAGUUGCUGCUAUUGUCUUGCAAAUUCCAUUUUCUAAGAGAGAAAGCUUGAAGUACAAGAGAGGGGAAAGAAUAAUUGCUAAAGAAUAUUCCAACAUAAGCGAUCUCUCUACAGUAAAGGAUCAGAGUAGAAGGAAUUUUCAUGACAGCAAAAUGCAGGAACAGGUGAAGGUGGUAAUACCAACUGGCAACCAUGGUUUGCCAAAUGCUGAAAACCGUGGUCCCUCUUCAUUACUUGAUCGACUGAGACAUGGUGGAGGUUGUGACUGUGGUGGCUGGGACAUGGCCUGUCCCCUUAUUCUUUUAGGCAAUCCUAAUAUUCAAUUAGCUGAAGACCGCCCACUUAUGGAGGAACAUCAGCCACUGGAACUUUUUGUUCAGGGAGCAAAAGAAAGAAGUCCUACCUUCAGCAUGACAACAGUCGAAGAGGGGCAUUAUGCUGUUGAUUUUCACGCUCAAUUAUCCACUUUACAAGCAUUCUCCAUCUGUGUUGCCAUUUUGCAUGGAACUUCUGCCUUCAGCAAUGCUGGACAAGAAAAAAACCAACAGUUAUCUCAAUGCAGUUCAUUGAAAAUGCUUAUUGAGGAGGAUGUAGAUUUGUUUUUCAAAUCAGUCACAACCGAAAAAAAGACAGUGUGGAAGAAUCAGAAAGGAAUUCCUCGAUCCUAUUUGCUGAACCCGCCCUUCUCUCCUAUUGCGCGCGUAUAAAGUGUGUAGAGUUGAUCAGCCCUGCUAGGGGAUGGAGCUGUAUGGAUUAUAUGAACAAUAUAUCUAGUCUCUAAUCUUUCUACCAACUUUAAGUCAUUGCUGGUUGGAGAAACAUGGUAUGGUCUUGGGAGAUGACCUGAACAUCAGUAACAAAUGUGUUGAGGAUCUUAGGGAGGCUGGAGUUCGCAUCAAUACAAAGUUUUGUUACUAAACACAAUUCCCUGCUUGCUGAAGAAUCGGCUGCAUAUAGGGAUAGCACUUUAGAGGUGUCAGAAUCAUUCUUUGUAAUAUGUUCUUUUAUUCCAAUUACUGAAUGUAGGAUAGAAAUCCAAAAUUGUCCAUAUUGUAUGGGAUAGUUAGAAGGGAGGGGGAUACUUUACACCCAGUAGGAGAUAGCAUAGCAAUCCUUUCUUUCAUCAUGUUUGUAUCUAUGAAGAUAAGAUUCUGAAAUGAUAUAAAUGAUGGGAAUUGGAUUACAAUAAUUCCAAGAAUUGUUGGCCUCUCUUCUUUGAGUGUGGUGCCAAAUUUUUAUAGGU